GCAGCUACUUUUGCUAUGAUAUUCCUGCUGCCCUUCAGACUCAGGUUAAGCGGGACAUGCAAGUGAACACCACCAAGUUCAUGCUGCUCUACGCCUGGUAUUCCUGGCCCAAUGUGGUUUUGUGUUUCUUGGGUGGCUUUUUGAUAGAUCGAGUAUUUGGAAUACGAUGGGGCACAAUCAUCUUCAGCUGCUUUGUUUGCGUUGGACAGGUCAUUUUUGCUCUGGGAGGAAUAUUUAAUGCUUUUUGGCUGAUGGAAUUUGGGAGGUUUGUGUUUGGGAUUGGUGGCGAGUCCUUGGCGGUUGCCCAGAACACAUAUGCUGUGAGUUGGUUCAAAGGCAAAGAAUUAAACCUGGUGUUUGGACUCCAGCUGAGCAUGGCUAGAAUUGGAAGCACAGUGAACAUGAAUCUCAUGGGAUGGCUGUAUUCAAAGGUUGAGGCGUUGCUGGGGUCUGGCGGCCACACCACCCUUGGGGUGACACUGAUGAUCGGCUGUGUAACGUGUUUGCUGUCACUAAUCUGUGCCGUGGCCCUUGCGUACCUGGAUCACAGAGCAGAGAGAAUCCUUCAUAAAGAACAAGGAAAAACAGGUGAAGUUAUUAAAUUAAGUGAUAUCAAGGACUUCUCCUUACCCCUCUGGCUGAUAUUUAUCAUCUGUGUCUGCUACUAUGUUGCUGUGUUUCCAUUUAUUGGACUUGGAAAAGUUUUCUUCACAGAGAAAUUUGGAUUUUCUUCCCAGGCAGCGAGUGCAGUUAACAGCAUUGUGUAUGUCAUCUCAGCUCCUCUGUCCCCGGUGUUUGGACUCCUGGUGGACAAGACUGGAAAGAACAUCAUCUGGGUCCUGUGUGCAGUGGCCGCCACGCUCCUGUCCCACAUGAUGCUGGCCUUCACCAUGUGGAACCCUUGGAUUGCCAUGUGUCUCCUGGGUGUGUCAUACUCCCUACUUGCCUGUGCCCUCUGGCCCAUGGUGGCCUUCGUCGUUCCUGAGCACCAGCUGGGAACUGCGUACGGCUUCAUGCAGUCCAUCCAGAACCUCGGCCUGGCCGUCAUCUCCAUUGUUGCUGGCGUGAUCCUCGAUUCCCGGGGGUAUUUGUUUUUAGAGGUGUUCUUCAUCGCCUGUGUUUCUUUGUCCCUUUUAUCUGUGGUCUUACUUUAUCUGGUGAACCGUGCUCGAGGUGGGAACUUAAAUUAUUCUGCUAGACAAAGGGAAGAAAUGAAACUUUCUCAUACCGAAUGAGGAGUUUCCAGGCCACGAGAAAGGGCUGCAGAUACCUGUGACAUGGAACCUCCAGAAAUAAUGUGUAGCUUUAAAGUUAGAGUUCAGCCCUUAGGAAAAGGAAUGGGCUGGAAGGUAAUAUUUGUGUUUCAGGUGUGCCUCUGUCAGGGUGUGUUUGUGAAGGCUGCUGUAGCCUUUGUCUCUGGGCUACUAAGAAUUCUGCUUUGGGUGGAUCAUCAGUGGACACUUGAGGAAAUUAAUGAACUUCACCAUUACUGUCAAUAAUAGCAAACAUGGGAUCUUGUAUUGACUUAAUUUUCCUGUUCUCCUGGGGAUAUGGCUCUUGUCUUACAGCAGAAACAAAGCAAAACAACAGAAAACAAAUUCUACAGACAAAAUAACUCCAGACUUUAUUGGUUGUGGAAGGGCUGUUUAUACAGAAUAAGUGAUGGUAUGGUAAUGGUGUUUUCUUUGUCAUAGAGAAAAUGAGGGGCUGGAGGUAUGAAUUAGUGGUAGAGCUCCUGUCUAACAAGUGUGAGGCCCUGAGUUCAAUC